CCUAAUCAAAUCAUCGACAUCAGUAAAACAAUUUUUGAAAAGGGCAACAAACUUGCAUAGUAAGAGAAAACAAUGUAUAAGCUCAUUGGUAAAUAAUCAAACAAGAUCAUUCGGACGUAAAAAGGAAAUUGAUGAUAGUGAAGUUAUUUUAAUCGUUCCGAACCAAGGAACACACAUCAUGGGAUGGGGAAGUAAUGAUGAAGGACAAUUAGGAUUAAAUUCAUUUUCAGUUAAAGUAUCUACACCAAUGUUUAUUAAUUCCUAUUGGUUUAACGAUAAGGAUAUUAAAAAGAUCAGUGUAGCUUCAUCAGGACAACAUGUUUUAGCUUUAACAGAAGAUGGAUAUGUUUACACUUGGGGAAGAGGAGCAGAACAUCAACUUGGAGUUGAAAAUAAUUUCAGUCAAGCUGCUCCACAACUUGUUGAUCCAAAAUAUUUCAAUAAUAGAAAAGUUGUUGAUAUACAAUGUGGUACUUACCAUAGUUGUGUUAUUGAUGAUGAAGGUAGAUUAUAUACUUGGGGUUUCAAUGGAAGUAUUUUCAAUCAAUCAGCUUUAGGUCAUGGAAAGAAUUCUUGGUUAACAGAUUUGUCAAAACCAAAACAAGUUGAAGCUCUUAAAGGUGAAUUUGUGAAACAAGUAGCAGCUGGUCAAUAUCACACUGGUGUUAUUUGUGGUGAACAAGGUAAUUCUGAAUCAAAUCAAGUUUUCGUUUGGGGUAAAGGAGAUUGGGGACGUCUUGGACUCGGCAAUUCAAAUUCAAAACCUUUACCAACUCCAUUGGAAAUGUAUGAAGAAGAUGAAAAUGGUACAAGAAAGACUCGUUUUGAAACUAUUAGAAUGGGUACAAACUAUUCCGCAUUGAUCGAUUCACAUGGUAAAUUAUACAUGUUUGGUAGAAAUGAUGGCCAACAAUUGGGUAUUGAAACGCCAGGUAACUAUGUCAGUGGUGGUCAAUUCGAUGGUGAAUCAACUCCAAAAUUACUUUCACAAUUUUCUGAUAGAGAUAUUAAGGUUAAAGAUGUUGCUUUGGGUGAAUCAAUUACUGCUUGUGUUACUGUUGAUGGUCGUGGUUUCGUUUGGGGUAAGAAUAUUCACCUUCCUCAUGAAGUCAAUUUCGGUAAGGGUGCCAGAGUUAUUGAAUGUGCUGCUGGUAAGAAUCAUGUUUCAUUCGUACCAAGAAAUAGACAAGCUAUUUUCAUGAUGGGUGGUAAUUGGAGUCAUCAAUUGGGUGUUAAAGGUAAUUUCGGUCACCAAGAAGUGAUUAAAUUGACUCGUCAUUUAGUUCCUGGCAAGAAAUUACAAAUGGCUUGUGGUAGCAAUUUCACUUUGGCAUUAUCUAAUUUGGAAUAUCAAUUCGAUGGUGAAGAUGAUGACUUUACUGAUGCUGCCUUGAUAGACAAUGCUGGUAACAGUGUUGAAUUGUAAACAAAUAAAUAAUUUACUAU